CUGCUGUUGUCUAAAAUAUUUUUUUGGUUCUGCUAAUUUUGUUCUUGAUUAUUACAUGUAAGUCUUUUCAUGUUUUUCUAAAAUCAUUGAACUCCUCAUUUCUUAUAACAGAGUAUUAUUUAUCACAAUCGUAUACAACAAAGCUAACAUUUUCUCAAGGGAAAUCUUCUGAAGGAAAACAUCCUAACAAGUGGAAUAACUUAAAAGAGAGAGGUUGUGGGUUCUCCUUCAUCACAACUCUUCAAGGAAAGCUUGGACAAUUGGUUGGGUGGCACAGAGCAUGGGGGAGAUUUAAUUACUACUGAGGUCUUAUUGAAUUCUGAGAUCAUGUGUUAUUUUGCAGUCCAUAUAUUUUACUUCUUUGUUCCUUAUUUACUCUAAAGAAUCAGCUAAAAGCCAAGCUAGAUGAGUUCUGUAAACAAAAUGAAAGAGAGUCUGAAGAUCACUGCACAGCUUUGCUUCAGGAUAUUUUCAGGCCUCUGGAGGAAGCAGUGAAGCAGAAUGCCUUCUCCAAACCAGGGGGCUAUAACAUCUACCUUCAGCAGAUGCGAGCGCUCCAAGAGAAGUACAACCAGCAGCCCAAGAAGGGGAUCCAGGCAAACAAGACUCUGGAAGAAUACUUAAAGUCGAAGGAAACUGUAGCUGAUGCAAUUAAGCAGGCAGACCAAAGGCUUACUGAAAAAGAAAAUCAGAGGAGAGAGCAAGAGAGGCAAGCACAAGCUGCAGCAGAGGCUGCAAGAAGGAUGGAAAUGGAGCUAAGAAGACAGGAAGAAAUCAACCGGGAAAUCCAAAGGAGACAAGAAGAAGAACAAAGACAAAUGCUUGAACGUAUGGAAGCUGAGAAGAGAAGAUUGUUGGAAGAGCAAGAGAGAGAGAGGACUAGGAAACUAGAGGAAGAAGCACGGAAAAUCCAGGAAGAGCAUAAUAGGGCAAUGGCUGAACAGUUACAACGGCUCCAAGAAUUGCAGCACCAAUGUCACAGACAUAGAUCGCAUGACUGUACCAUAUCGUGAAGAUAUGAGCUUCAUCAUCUCUAUAUUUACAGCCUUGUGUGGGUCCAGGUGGAAAGAAUCAGUCACUCUGCAACAACCUCUCCUCUUCCUCAGAGACUUCCUCCUCUAGUAGGAGAUAGUUCUAUUUAGCCAGUUAGCAUCUUUUUUAUCACACUCAUUUCUAGCUCAGAAACCAAUCAAAAAGGUCUCCUUUUUCCUACAUUAAGUGGAGAGGAAGCAUCUUUGAUCAUGAACUGAUUAUUCAUGGUUAUCUCAAACAGGAUGUCUCAAAGACAUCUUAAAUUCAACCUGUCUAAAACCAAACUCAUUAUCUUUCCCAAUAAAUCCUGCCUCUCCUAAACUUUCCUAUUACUGUUGAGGCUGCCACCAUUCUGCCAGUUAUUCAGGAUUAAACAUAGGUGUAAUCCUGGACUCCUUAUUCUCACUAACUCCAAUAUCUAAUUUGUUGUUAAGGCUUGUUGAUUUUACUUCAUAACUCUCCUAUAUAUGUCCUAUUUUCCAUGCACACAGCCACCAGUCUGGUACAGGAUCUCAUUACCUUUUAUCUCUAUGAUUCAAUAGCCUGGUGGUUCAAGUCUCUCCUCUCCUAUUCAUUUUCCUUUCACUUAUCAAACCACUCUUCUGAAAGUCUAAUCUGACCAUGUCAUUCUCCUACUCAACAAACGCCAGAGGCUGCCAGUUGUCUCUAGUAUCAAAUAUAAAAUCAUCUCACUUUUAAAGACCUUGAUUAUCUGUUCCCUUGUUGCUCCUCCUGUGUAACAUUAUACCUCCCAACUCCAUACCCUUUUCACAGGUUUUUUCCCUGUGUUUGGAAUAUUUUCUUGUCUUUGUCUCCCAGCUAGUGUUUUCUCUCUGAGAUUAACUCUUCUUUUUCUUGCUCUAUUUUGGAAUUACAUUAUUGUUUAAUAGUAAGCAGCAGUGUGUUUUUGCAUUUCUUUGAAUUCCUAUUACUUAGCACAGUGUCUGGCACAUAUUAGGUGCUUAAGAAGAGCUUGUGGAAUAACUAAAGGGCUAUAAUGCUACAAAGUAGAGAACAUAACUCUCUACUAUGUUCUCCAAGUAUCUUUAUUUGGGGGUAUGAUUGGAAAAAAAAACAGGCCAUUAUCAGACAGUCCUCUCCCACGAUAAUAAAACUGUUGCUAUUCUGUC